AUGGCACAAAAGACAACUCGAUCUCGCCAUGGUGCAUCUUCAACCAUAGUCAUCAAGCUUGGCACAUCCUCUAUCGUGCAUGAAAAGACACAUCAUCCUCUGCUUUCAACACUCUCAUCUGUGGUUGAAGUUGUGGUUCACCUCCGGGCACAAGGGCAUAAAGUUGUGUUAGUAAGCUCAGGUGCCAUUGGUGUCGGCUUGCAACGGAUGGACAUGCCCGCCAGACCAAAAAGUUUGUCUGGGAAGCAGGCAUUGGCGGCAAUUGGUCAAGGAAGGCUCAUCGCGCUCUGGGAUAAUCUAUUCGGACAGUUCGGACAACCAACCGCGCAAGUGCUUUUGACGAGGGGAGACAUAUCUGAUCGAACGCGUUAUUUGAACGCCGUGAACACGUUUAAAGAACUUCUCUCGAUGGGCGUCGUUCCUAUCGUCAACGAAAAUGACACUGUAUCAGUUAGCGAAAUUAAAUUUGGCGAUAACGACACACUCUCAGCUGUAACAUCAUCUAUGAUCCAUGCAGACUAUCUUUUCCUACUGACCGACGUGGACGGUCUCUAUACCGCAAAUCCCCGAAAAGAUCCGUCAGCCAAGUUUAUCGAAGUUGUUUCUUCAAUAUCUUCUAUCCGGACUGAAGUGAGUACUGCGACCCUAGGAUCCAGUCUUGGUACAGGUGGAAUGGAAACAAAGCUUAUCGCCGCAGAGAUCGCGACCGCAGCUGGUGUUACGACGAUCAUCACCUCAAGCAAAAAUCCAUCGAAUAUCUUUCCCAUCAUUGAAUUCCACAAUUCUGUCAAACCCUCAGUUUCCACGCCGCGCGAUGAUAUUCCUAGCCCUGAAAUCUCUUCACUGAGCCCAGAGCCCGCGCCACUACCACGGCCACCUCAUACAAUGUUCACUCCUUCCCGAUCACCUCUUCGGGACCUGAAAUCGUGGACAAGCCAUACUCUCAGCCCCUCUGGCAGUGUCAUUAUAGAUGCCGGAGCACAUCAUGUCCUAGCGAGACGCGAUUCUGGCGGGAGGCUCCUCGCAGCCGGGGUACUUGGCGUACGUGGCGAGUUUGCUUCUGGGCAGGCGGUGCGAAUCAUGGUACGACGACAAGCGGAGGGCAAUGUCGAAGACGUCGAGGCGGCUCGCGAAUCAUAUGCUGCAGGGAUGGCUCACGACACGCCCAAUGCAUUCGUAACGUCUUUGGGGCCACAAUCGAGGUCUGCAUCUGGGUUAGACUUGUUAGAGUUUACGACAGCCCACGCUCUGCCGGAAGACGACGCGGUCGUAGUGGAGAAGCAGCGUACAGUGCCGGAUGAGAGCGAGAAUUGGGAGCUGGAAGAAGUUGGGAGGGGCCUAGCAAACUAUAACUGGGCACAGAUCACCAAAGUCAGGGGGCUGAACAGCUCGCAUAUGUCGCAGUUGCUGGGGUACGCAGAUUCGGAGUAUGUAGUUGAGAACAUCACAAUCAGGGUACCACCAUGA